GCAAGGUAGCAUCUCUACUUCUUCUUACCCAGCUUUUUCCUCAAUCCAUUUUUUCGACUUUUAAUUCUUAAGAGCUUUUCUUCCUUUCUCAUUUCUUUCAACCAUUUGUGAAUCUUCAGUUUCGAUAACCCCAAUGGAUCAAGUCAAUUUCCUUGGUGGAGAAAAUCCGAAUUCCUAGAUUAUCUUAUUUUCUUUGCGUUUUACCAAAAACAGAAGUGACUCAGUAUUAUUUUCUCGGUGCAUAAGCUACACAACCUUUGAUCUGACCCCGGCCCUUGUUUCAAUUUCAUCUUCAUCAUGUGUCUAUGAUUACCACACCCUUUAGUGUCUUUUUCCUUAUUUUCUAGAUAUGUGCAAGUAAGUGCACUCUCACCAUUAAUCACCCAACAAAAGAAGACUAAUUUCUAGUUCCGUGGAAGAAGACCAAGAGGCUCAGAAUUAUAAUAGCCAUUUGGAAAAUCAAGGGUCUUUGGCUAGUGGUGACACCAAACAAAGAGAUGGGUCAGAGGGAUUAAAGAAGAAGAUGAAGAAGGGUCCUGGUGCUGGUGUUAGUGCAGGUCUUGACAACAAUGAGCAUCAUUCUUGGAUGUGCCAUAUCUGCAACAAAGGUUUCAGCUCAGGUAAAGCACUGGGAGGACACAUGAGGAUACACAACAUCUCUAGAAAGCAAGUUCAUAAGGCCAAACAAGGCACUACUAGUGCUGCAAAAACCAAAGCCAAGACAUGGGUCUUGAUGAGUGGCAACCCCACUUGUUACCUUUGCAGAAAGAGCUUCUCUUCCAUGAAGUCCUUAUUUGCACACAUGCGUUCUCACCCUCAAAGGUUGAGGAAGGUUUUUCAACCUCACAAUAACACCCCUAAGAAUGUUGCAUCCUCCAAUUCCACAUCUUCCUCAACUCUAUCUGAUGAUUCUGCUGUUGAUCUCUCUCAAGCUUUGUGGGGUUGGUCUGUGACUGCCAAGAGAGGCCGCAGAAGCCUCUCUUGUGGCACUGUAAAUUCCGGCUUAGAGCAUCAUGGGAUUGAACAACGUAUGCAAGAGGCAGUGUAUGAGCUCAUGUUGCUGGCAAGUGGGAACCCCAAGAGGGGGGAAAAGGUGGCUGGUGAUAAUAAGGUUGAGCUUUCACCAGUUUCACUCAGCAAGAAACUCAAGGUUGAAGCCAAGUCAUUGAACAAGAUGGGUUUUGAAGAAGAGUUGUUAAAGUCAAGCUUUGGAAAUUGUGAUGGCAGCACUGAUAUGAAGAACAAGAACAGGAAAAGGAAGAGAGAGACAAAGAGAAUGGAAUUAACUGAACUGAAAACAGCUGAGGAGGACAAGAAGUUGGUUAGAAGCAGAAUAAGCAAUGCAACUUUCCCAAGUAACAUUGCUUUGGAGGGUCAUCUAUCCAACCAUAAAAAUUCCAAGAACAUUCAAAUCAUGGAUGAAUUGGAAACAGAUGGUGUGUCAGCCACAGAGGAAGAGGAGGAGACAGCUAUGCAAGUGGAUGAAACAGGAACUGCUGUUGGGUGUUGUACUGUGGAAUCCAUGACGGGGCAUCAGUGUAAAAUUUUCAACAAGACUUUAUCAAUGGGUCAAGUCUCUGGGGACCACAAAAGAUCUCAUUGGACUGGCAUGGCAGAAGCUCAUUCAGCUCAAGCAACUUCACCUGUGGAAGAUGGUCAGAAUUGUUCAAAUAUUUUGAGUUUUGAUCUUAAUCAGUAUCCAGCUAUGGAUGACGAAGUGGGUGUUCAAUCAGACUUGUCUAUUCCUUCCAAUAUUAUGACAUCAUCCAGUUAUGGUUCCUCUUCCCAAAAUUCCUACUAAUUAUUGUCCUAAAAAUUUGGUCCUUCAUGAUUACAGGGUAUGGGUAUGAAUUCUGUUAACAAUGAUCAGUGCUCUGCGGAGCUAGUUUUGGCUUCAGAUUGUUCAAAUGGGUUAGUGCUUUUUGUCUUGGCUUCCUGUGGUGAAACACAGUGAUGAAUGAGGAACCAUCUUAGUUGUUUCCUAUGUUUUGGGUAGGGUCAUGGGCUCUCGUCUUCUUUUGUUUUCUGUCUUCAUGUGAAGGAUGAUGUGUCCAGCAAGCUUGCUGUGAAGGAAAGAUCCGAAAGGGCCUUUGUGUAGGUUUAAUUGGGAUAUAAAUGUGAUACCC